AGAAAGAGAGAGAGAGAAAGAUUGAGAGAGAGAGGUUCCUAACACCCACUGUAAUCAUUGUCAAAGAAUUCCUGUUACUGUAAGGGACAUUAUUUUAAAAGUACAUAUGCUUUUUACCUAUUUAUGCAGACUUUCUAUAACGUGACACAUCCCUCCCUCUUUAGUUUAGCUGCAGCGAGCGGAAGAAAACACAGCACAGCACAGCACAGCACCGCACCACACACACACACACACACACACACACACACACACACAGGCCUCAUUUUCUGCUUGUAAAAUGUGUGUGUGUGUGUUCUUUAAAAGGCAGUGGUUGGCUGGUUUUCCGGACAUGAUGUGGUUGAAGCUGUCAUCGUAAUGGAAAUUCAUUGCUGUAGCUAUGGUAAAUCGAGUUUUCUGCCUGUGCUGAAUGCAUUAGUCUAAUGAGAUGUUUGCAGCUGGAGAGCGGAGCUGCUGGGGAUGUACGGUGUGCUAACGGACAGGGGGAAAAUGGCUUGUGGAACGGUCUGCGUGCACGUGCUCCAAGUCCUCUACUCUCUGGGCCAAAAUAUCUGGUGUCUGUAAAGAAGCUGAUCCAUCAUUAAAACAUAAGCAAUAGCAGCAGAUUUGCUGGCCUGCUGAACAAAGCACUCCUGCCUGUUGGAUACUGAAGGCGCUGUGCCCUUAUGAAGCUCCUUUACUUAUGAAUCAUUUGCCAUCACUGCCUCCAAGACUGGAUACUGUGGACAUGCAGUCUCCCAGAAUACCAGGUCGAAAAAGAGGAAGACCCCCGCUCCAUUCGACGCCUAUGAAAAUGGCUGUUCAUAACCUCUAUUCUGCACCAGCUGGUUCUCUGCCUGUUGUGAAGAUUCCAAAGAAGCGAGGGAGGAAACCUGGAUACAAGCUGAAAUCUCGUGUUCUAAUGACUCCUUUAGCGAUUUCCCCACCAAGAAGCACCCCAGAACCUGAUAUUAGCUCAAUCCCUCAGGAUGCAGCUACAAUCCCCAACUCAGCAGCCCCACAAGCCCUCACAGUCUGCAUUUAUGUCAACAAGCAAGCAAAUGUGGGGCCAUACCUUGAACGAAAGAAAGUGCAGCAACUUCCAGACCACUUUGGACCUGAGCGGCCUUCGAUGGUGCUACAGCAGGCAGUUCAGGCAUGCAUUGACUGUGCACACCAGCAAAAGACCGUCUUCUCACUUGUCAAGCAGGGCUACGGAGGUGAAAUGGUGUCAGUUUCUGCUUCUUUUGAUGGAAAACAGCACCUCUUGAGCCUGCCAGUAGUGAACAGCAUUGGCUAUGUUUUGCGGUUCCUCAAAAAGCUUUGCCGUAGCUUAUUGUGUGACAAUCUUUUCAGCAAUCAACCUUUCCCACAAUACAACACUGCCGAAAACCCUGAAGAAUAUGAAAAUGGACGGAUGGAAUCAGAAACAGUCAUACCUGAAGACUACCUGGUUGAUCCAGUGAACACAAAGCAUUACAGCGUAGACCCCUCUGAUUCUGCCUUUAAUUGUAUGGGAUCCGUGUACUCUAUGAGGCAGAGUUCUGGUGAUGGGCGUCACGGUGGAGGGUCAUCUUCCUCUUGCAGUCAUCGCUCUGGCCAGAUGGCCUCUGGAGGACCAUCAGCUGCAGCUCUGAGGCAUCAGACAUCAAGCCCAACCAGAAAUGGAACCUACAUGGAAGGAAACAGAAGUGCCUCAAGUCCUUCACCAGAAAGGCAAGAUGCAGCUCGGCCCAUAAGCAAGAAUCCUUUGACCUGGACCGUUGAUGAUGUGGUUUGGUUUGUAAAGGAUGCCGACCCUCACGCUUUGGGACCCCACGUGGAGCUCUUCAGAAAACACGAGAUUGACGGCAAUGCUUUGUUGCUACUGAAAAGCGACAUGAUCAUGAAAUAUUUGGGCCUGAAGCUGGGACCGGCACUGAAACUCUGUUACCACAUCGAUAAACUGAAGCAAGCCAAGUUCUGACAUUUCCUAAAAACACCAAACAAUCCCAAUGUAACUUGAGAAAGUAGGAGAAAGGUAAUGUGUUGCCUUACAGAAAUCUAUCCAUUUUGCCAGCUGUCUCCCCCUCUUUUUGUACUGAGAACUUUCUACAAGUGUACAUCUUCACAUUUUUUAAAUCCAAUGCAGAGGGUGGUGGGGAGCGGAAUCUGUUUUGCUGGUUUGUGUUAAUAAUUUUCCAAAAAAGAAUAUAAUGACAAUUAUUUUGUAUUAUUCAUAUGGUUAUUAUUGUUAAUAUUAUUGUUGUUGUCCUGUUUUUAUAUCACAUAUGGAAAAUCAGACACAAAAAGACCAUUCAAGCUGGAUGCAGAAGAAAGGUCACUGCCAAACAACUCAAGUCAACUGGUUGGUUGCAAGCUCCAUGUUGCUUGACUCAGUGCCUCAAUGUGGCAUCACUGGAACAAAGGGGCUCACAGGUUUUGGCUUGGCUUAGUAGCUAGCCAUUCUUUGCAGUUGUCUCCAAUCUUUCCAUUCCCACAAAACCCUCUGGGACAUGCAGAAGACUUGGGAGAGGGAGCAGGAAGUCACAAGUUGUGCAAAGCUUUGGGAUGCACAUCAAUGUAUGCCUCUUCUGAAGCUCAGUGCGACAGAAGAGUCCUUCCCCAUGUUCUCUGCAAUAUGUGGAGAACUCUGGGGAGUGGGAAGCUGCAUCAGAGCCACCACUGGUGGCAGCUGUCCUUGGCAACUGCAUUUGGGGAGAUCUGAGUGUAGCCCAUUGUUAAUAGCAUCCUUCCUUUAGCUCUAUGUUACCUGGGUGGCCCUUGUUGCUAUUUGGCUAA